AGUCGGUAAUAGGCUGCUGUGCGAGGGAGAGAGAGAGAGGCGGCUUUUCAACACACGGCGAAGCUGGAUUUGACUUCACAUACGUUGUCUAGCCAGCGAAUCGCCUGCCAGCUUGGCUCUGACGUCACGAAAGUGUCUACCAGUUAGAGCUAGCCUGCAACUGCCUGCCUCCUCCGCCAGACGUCGGCUAUAUUACCACCCGCGCGGCCUGCCCAUAACUAGUAGUACCCGCUCAGCCACUGCAGUGACAAGCCAACUUGAAGUUGAGAAGAACAGUUAGUUUUCUCGCCAUUACUGAUAUUUUCUCAGGAUCAGAAACACCUGAAAUUAAAUCGCAUUCCACAAGUUUUGACUGAAGUUCUAAAUCAUCUUAAAAAAAUAAACUUUAGGAAAAGAGUGCCGUGAACAAACAUUAUAAGACUCGCAGUGAUAAGGCAAAGCAGACAGAAAAACUCCGCUAAGAACUCAUUUCUCCAAACUCCCCCGAAGAAGACAUCCAAAGUGUCUCCCUUGCUGCCUCCCGCCCACCUCCCAGCCAUGUGCUUCACCAACAUGAACGGGCCACACGUAGAGAUCUCGGGCGUUGCGACGCUCUGUUUCGACGAGGAGGGCACGUGGUUCCAAGGCUCGAUUACGGCCGAGGAUGAUGCCCAGUACGCAAUCUAUGGCACCAAGUCGCUGAGGAAGAGGAGUGGCACAGAUGCCUGUGCGUGCCCCGGCCUUGACGCAGGCCCCGGCGUCCCCGUGACCUUCGACAUCCGCGUGGUGGACUGCGAGGUGGGCGAGGAGUACAGCCUGAAGCGCGUCCACGGGCGCAAUGGCGAGCUGUGCACCUUCGCCUGCUCGGCCAUCAGCUUCACGACGGAGAAGGUGUACCGCGGGCAGAAGGCCGACAUGAUUGCUCAGCGGUGUUUGGGACACAAGAUGGCCGGCUCUCGCAACCACGUGUACAAGGGCCCCAUCAGGCUCCACUGCAUGCCCGUGCGCCGCAACAUGCACUGGGUCUUAUGAGCGGUCGGCCUUCCCUCGGUGAAGUGCCUCCGCGCCUUCUAGGGUCGUCGUGAACCCACUAACGGGACCAAGCGAUCUGCAGCUUCAGCGGCAGAUGGCUCUUCGAUGUCGAGCAGGUUGAGGAAACCGCCUGCUCGGAUCUUCCAGGAAAUGCAGGCCGAGGUUUAAGCCUUCCGUCAUAGAGGUCUAACUGUGAGAUCUGUCUGGCUGUCUUGAGAGAUCGCACGCUUUAAGCCUUGCUAGGUCAUUCCGCGGCUCCUUGUUCAACGAAGGCCACUGCCAUUUCCCUGACAAACACGUGUCAAAGCCCCUGUCUUUCCUGCCACAAGAGUAUGAAGGACGGAAGCAACCUGCGCUUCUUACCACUAAACUAUCCUCCACCCGCACAGCUUCUCUUGCGUCACCAAGACUGUCAAAAAGGGACGUUUCCUUGACUUUUGAAACCAUGUUUUCCUUAUAGGGUGUGAGCGAAUGUGUGUCGCAUCAUAUGUGCACUUCUUAACACUGAAUUAAACACGGAUUAAAAGUGGUUUAUCCAAGGUAGGAGGGAUGGGGAAGGGGAAGCUGGAUUUCUUACCCAUAACUGAUCGCGUCGGUUAUGUAAGAUAAUGUGUUAGUAGUAUGUAAGGUAAGAUGAUAUAUCUAAUAAUUGUCAAAUAUAUACUAAGAAUGUAAUGUUUUAUUUCUUUAAACUUUAAUAAAAAGUAUCUAAU